GGCCCCCAGCGUAACGCAUUCCUGCCUCUUUCCACACCAGCUGGGGGGGGCAGAGCGCUCGCCUCCUGCCCCCACGUGGUGCCACACUCCUCAUGCAGAGAACGAGCGGCUCAGUUCCUGGGGUGGGCGAGCAGGGCAGAUGCCUGGCCAGGCCGAGCUGCUGCUGGAGCCCUGGAGGAGCCAGGCGCCCGCCCGGAAGCAGGGAAUGGGGCACACGCAGGAGUGACCAGGCGAAGGGCGUUGACAUGGGCAUACGGGAGUUCAGCACGGAGGGGGUGGCCUUCCUCGAUUACCCGUGCCCCCUCCCCAGCCUCCAGGCCCGGCUGGUCCAAUACAGCCUGACCCUCCACAGCAGCGUCAUGCAGGAGCGGGCCUUGCUGAAGCACCCCAGACCCCGCCGCUCACGCUCUGUGGGGGGGAGGCCUACGGCAGCCCGGCGAGGCCCCCAUGUGUUGGACAAGGCACUGCCGAUGCCCAAGGGACACCUCCAGCCGCGCUCCAUGAUCACUGCCAGCAGCAGGAACAAGUCGGGGAGCCCGACACCAGAGCUCCCAGGAGCCAGUGUGGGCCCUGAGCACAGCCAGGCAGGGGGUGGGGCGACCCUUGAGCCCAGAGGUGACCGGAAUCACCUGGACACAGCGCCACCCUCUGGCAGCUCCCUGAACACCCGAGCCACAGGUGGGCAGCACUCAGCCCCCAUGCUCCCACCAACAGACGCUCUGCCGCAGGCCAGUGCAACUCCCGGAGGUGUCAAUGGGCCUGCGGCUCCGCCCCCCCCCCACCACCCAAAGUGCAGGAGGGCCCUGGGCGCCUGGCAUGCUCGUGUCCCAACGCUGGGGCCCAGAGGGGAGCCGUGCCGGAGGGGCAGGCCCCACAGGCCUACGUGCCCACGCCCCGCACGGAGGAAGCGGCCUGGGCCGCCAGCGCCCUGACCUUCCUGCUGGUGGUGCUGACCCUCGCCAUCCUGUACACCCGGCUCCACCGCAAGUGCCAUAAGAGCCAGAGCCUCUACUGGGCCCCGGACGACGCGGGGCAGGAACCCCUGGCCGCUCUGCUCAGGAGACGGCUCCUGUCGGCCCCCAGCAGGCGCAAGAAGCGGCAGCGCCCCCAGCAGAGGCGGCUGCUGCUCCAGGGGGCGUCGAGCGAGAGCUCGGACUAGCGGGGAGCGCAUGGGCAAGACACACCUGGGGCCGGGGCUGUGCUGAAUAAAGUGUU